CUUCUCGAUCAUCGCCUCUGCCGUUAGACAAUUGCACUCUCCCUUCCUCAAGAAUUCAUCACUUCUUUUACGACAGAAGCCCACUUUGCAAGUAUCCUCCGCCAUCGAUCGACAUCGCCGUCAUCGGACACAUUCCAACUUCGAUUGGAGCUCAUAUAAACUCACAGUAUCUAUAUACCUUACCUAUUCAUACCAUCAUUCACAAAAAUGCCUAACGGGAUGACACCCGAGGAAGAACGGCGCCGGCAGGAGCAGGAGCGCCGUUAUCAGAAGGCCGAGGAGAAGGCUCGGGCCGCUUGGCAGCGUGGCCUUGAAAACGAGCGAGAGGCUGCUGAGGCUCUCAAGGAAGAAAAGAAGACCCACGCGGGGAAGCGCAGGGUAUCGUUUGAUUCUUCGCGGAAUCAGACACACCUUCUGUACAGCCUUCCCCCCACAAUUGACUCUACGCCUGCCGAAUCCAUCGAUGUUGGCGAGCUCUCCCAUGAGCUCCUGCAAGAGAGUAUGACCGAAGGAUACGAGCUAAUAAUCAAGGAAAUCGCCUCCUUGCGUGCCGAGAUUGCCGAGGAGGAGGCUGUUGCUCGAAAAAGGCAGGAGCACGAAGCGGCGCGGAUAAAGUACGAGGCGGCCUGGAAGGAGCAGGAGCGCCAUCGCCAGAAGGCCGAAGAGAAGGCUCUCAAAGCCAAAGAGGCUGAGGAGAGUGUUCUUGCUCGUAUACAUCGGGAGGGUGAAGCGGCGCGCAAGAAAUAUCAUGAAGCUCUGAAGCGUGGCCUCGAGAACGAGCGCCAAUCCAUAAGCCAGCCUCAUUAUCGGAAGCCGGCGCAGGGUUCAUAUCCCCCCAAACCCUCUGGUCAACAGAACCAACCGGCCAACCAGUAUCCUCCUAGCGGCCAAUAUCACACCAAACAGGAUCAGCAUGGGCAUCCGAUCCCUCACCAGAGACCGCCAGCUUCUUCAGUACCGAUUGGUCUUUCAGGCCUGCCUAGUACCGAGUCUCUGUGUUCCGGAUCCUCGGUUUCUGUAGUACCAGUCGGCCUUUCCGGCCUGCCUGCUAUGUCUCUGUAUUCUGACGGGGAUCCCGAAGUCACUAGAUAUAAAGACGAGGGCCGAGGCCGCUCUGGCUACGCAGAUGCCUAUGUUUCGAAGCAGGAAGAACGCUCACACCAGGGUCAUUGCCCUUCAGCUCCCCUGUCACACUGGUCUACGCCGCCAGUACCCGCUUGGAAGGCUCCUACACCCCCACCGCAGGUAACGAAGCAUACCUUGGUCAUGCCGACACAGCGUUCCUAUCACGCUGCAGUAGAGACCCCCAAGGAGGAGUGGCCAAUACCACCGACGCCCGCUUCCUGCAAGAUUGAGCAUCAGGUUCCCAAUCGUGUAGAGAGUGAAAAGGAGAAGCUGGAACGAGAACUUAGGGAAGCGAAGGCAGCGCAUGACAGGCUUUGCGUGGAGCUAGAGAAAAGAAGGCGGGGCACUGGCGCAAGCAGCGUGGCGUCAUGGCAGACAGGAUGCAAGUCCGUCUGGGAGGACCCGACGAAGGUUACUCUUAAAGAUACUGCCAAUGACAGUUCCAAGGACAUUUCCAAGAAUGGCCGGAAUAUUGCCAUCCAGACUGAGAAAAAUACUCCCAUGGAAGCCCGAAAGGAAAUUAGCAAGGAAACCUGCCAUGGUGCUCCUGAAGGCCGUCGAGGCUCGAGUUUCGACCGCAAUGGCCGAAGUCUUAGCCGCGGGAGCGCCCGUACCAACUACUACGAGGCAGCAGAGUAUAUUAGCUCAAGUGAUGAUGACCAGGCGCCGAAGUUCUCCAAGGCGCAUGCCCGUGCCAAAUCGCUCAAGCUCAAGCUGUCAGUGGGGACGAACCCUCCCUACGUGCCGCCGACCCCUUAUUGGCACCCGUCCCCUCCUCCCUCGCUUCCUCCCACGCCCCCAAAGCGCCCGAGUGCUCCCGGCCCUGCUGUUACUGAACCGUCGACAUCGGCCUUCGAGUACCAGGAAAAGUACGACUACUACGAAGACAUCAAGACUCCGUAUCCCCCCGGGAGCUGGUGGGGAGACGAACGGGAACGUUACCGCCUCGUCCAGUGAGGAGGGAUAAGGGCAAGAGGAAGGCUUACUUUUAGAAGCUGGUGGUUGAAAUCUGUGAAGCGAGGAUGGCAUCAGAUGGCUACUACGGUUUGACAGGACCAGAGAGUAUGACUUUGCAGGAUGAUGGAUCGAACGUGGAGUAUUGGUGCAAACGAAUAGGUAUGCAACGAUAUUUCUCAGAUUUUAAGGGAUUCAGAAUGGUUUUUCUUCUAGUUU